AUGUUCAAGUUGUUUGCCGACAAUUAUAAUAUCUAUACACUUCAAUACGAAACAGAUUCUUCUCCCAACGGAACUAAUCAGGCCGAAACAUUAUUGAAAAACUUUUUUCCUGUUACAGAACUUCCGAGUAAGCCUGUCGUAUUUGAUGAGUACGGGAAAGAAAUCUCAGGUACUGCUGGCCCCUAUCACGAAGGAGGCGAAUUCAAACUCAUUUGCUCCGUAACAGGUGGUUACCCUAUACCUAGAAUACAGUGGCUGCAAGGAGAAACUGUGUUAGCAACAUUGAGUGCCGGUGAAGUUAUGGCACCAACGAGGUCUCUAGCUUUAGUAAUAAGAAAUGCUACAAGGGCCCAUUUGUCAGCUCUGUACACUUGUACUGCUGACAACACUUUGUUGUCUUCGCCGCAGAAGACGACAGUUAAAAUUGACUUAUUUUUAAAACCGCUAACAGUAGAGAUAAUAUCACGAGAGCAGCCGCUGUCUGUUGGGAGGCAAUCGGAGCUGUGGUGUAAAACGACAGGUGCAAGGCCUCCAGCAACUAUUACAUGGUGGCUUGGAGGCAAAAAAUUGGAAGCCAUUACUAAAGAAACGGAUGUAGAGGACGCGAAUGAAACAGAAUCUUUACUAAAAUGGAUGCCGAUGAAAGAACACAACGAAAAAGUUCUGACGUGUAGAGCAGAACAUUCUAACUUUAAUCGUUCAAGUAUUGAAAGCUUGUUAAAACUAAACGUAUACUAUAUGCCAGAAUCAACAAUUCACCUCGGAGCCAAGAUGAACCCGAAUGACAUUGAAGAGGGUGAUGACGUUUACUUCGGUUGUAAAGUUGAUGCCAAUCCGCCUGCCUACAAAGUUGUAUGGGAGCAUAAUGGAAUUCUCCUGCAACACAACCCAUCCAACGGUGUUAUAGUGACGGGUAACACGAACCUGGCUCUUCGGAACGUGUCGCGACACCAGGCAGGCCAGUACACGUGCACGGCUUCAAAUGUCGAGGGGGACGGCAAGUCACCGUAUUUGCAUAUGCAAGUUGUCUACAGACCACUAUGCAAGAAUAAAGAGAUAAAAAUCAUGGGUGCUGCUCUACAAGAACCUACGACGGUGACUUGCGAAGUAGAAGCUUAUCCACCUCCGGAAACAUUUGAAUGGACACUAAAUAACUCUGCGGGUUCUAUCAAAGUCGAUCCAGAUCGCUUUACAGUGGAUGCAAAACAAGGCAAGUCACUCCUAACCUACACGCCCGUUUCUGAUGUGGACUAUGGCAGCUUGUCAUGUAGGGCAAUGAAUUUAGCUGGGCAGCAAGUUACACCGUGUGUUUAUACCCUACUCCCGGCGACGAGACCGGACCCGCCCACUAAUUGCACAGUUUAUAAUCUCACUGAUGAUUCACUGGAUUUGCUGUGCAUACCAGGUUACGAAGGUGGACUACAAUGUAUCUAUGUAGUUGAAGUGUGGGCUACUGAAGGUUUAGUGGUUAAUGCAAGUAAUGGUGUUGCUUUGUGGAACCUUAGAAGACUAGGAGCUAACAGACAACUAAAGCUGAUAGUAUACGCGGCAAAUGCUAGAGGAAGAUCGGAACAUAUAACGCUUCAGGUCGAAACUGCUUUCAGGCUGUUACCUCGCUCAGAACCACAGGAAGCAUGGGAGGUGAAUUGGGCUCUUGGCGUAUUCCUGGGCACUGCGUUGACUAUCGCUCUUAUACUGUGUCUCGCUCUAAUUGCCACAAAGGUGCGGAGUAGAUCCAGGGACUAUGAAGUGACACUUCCUACACUGAAGAAUCAAAUGGUGGUUGUACAGAAACGAAGCUCAACACAAGGUGCUGAUGACAAGAACCCGGACCUCAUUCCACUAAGCAAAGGGUUAACAGAAGCUCCACCAGACCCCCCGCUGUACUCAGCGAUAGCUGCACCAAAGAACUCGAGCAGUACGCACAGUUUGCAACGCACUCAAACACCAGUGACGCCGAUCUCUUCGCAUGCACACUAUACAGACAUGCAGAAUGAUUCUGGUCGCAGCAUGAUCAACGGGGCGAUGAGAUCUCAUCGAGAAAUCGUCACGACCAGAACACCGUUAUUAGCAGCACAUCAAGAAAGCUGUGUAUAA